AUGUUGUCAAAAGAAAUUUUAAACCAACUUCGAUAUUCUAGUUAUUGGCAAAGACCAUACACACAUGAUCUUGACGUUUUGGUAAGAAACCUGGAAUUACGAACAAAGGAAAGUAAAAAGGUCUUGGCAUUGAAGCAUAAACUAGAGAAGUCUGAGAGUACAAAUAAGAAAAAUGUGGCACCUUCCGUUGAUCAUCUUACCAAACUAGAACUAUUUCAAGUAGUUCUUCUUAUUCCUAGAUUGCUUAGUAUUACAACUAAUUACACAACUACUUCGGCUUCAUCAAGG